UCUUUUGUUCCAGUCUGUACCGAAAUUUUACAUUUGCGUUGGAUGUUUUCUAAAUAACUAAACUGAACUAAACCACAUCAACUGCUUCAUUUUGCGCAAGGUAGUAAAUGACAGAAUACUUCUGAGAGGCAUCAGUUCUGCUAGAAGUUUUAACAAUAGCAAAACACCCCCUGGAUAUGGGUCGAAAUCUGCCCUUGCUAAUAUCAUGUUAUACUCGUAGAUUAGGCUUGCCUUACCAGAAUAUGAUUUAUGUUUGGUCCUAGCUCUAGACUAAAAAUAAAGAAAGAUGUUUUUUCUAGGGGUGUUACUUUUUUUUGAAUCUUUAUUGUUCACUUCAUAUGGUCAAAAUGAUCUCCUCAGCAAGGUAAAAGUAAAGCUUUAUAGAACAAACGAAAAACAACUGUUUCUUUGUUCAGGUUUAUCUAACAAAGCGUUUCUGAUAAAUGUUUCGUAAAAUUAAUCAGAAAAUCAUAUUUAUAGGCUAAAUCUAAACGAGAAAAAGAAACGACCUUGGAAAUAUUAGACAAAGACACAUUCAUCAGUGUACUGGUGCAUCUGCUGACUAGUUUUCUCAUUCUCGUUUUAGCGGAAACACAAAGGUGUGAUACAUCUGAAAUAUAUGCUGCAAAUAUGUUUAAUGGAAAAAUUAGUUCAUUGUUUAAUAAAUUCAAACGAAUUGAUGUUGUAUUUCCUUCUUCAGAUAAUUAUUGUCUCCACGAGAUUAUGAACAAUGAAAACAACAAUACUAAACUAGCCGUUAAUCAACUGAAAGGAAACUUCGUUAUGCCAAAAUCAUCUGAGUGGCAAAUUCUAGUAGAAAGCAAUGCUCCAGUUAUUGGUGAAAGUAUUUGUCGUAUAUGGCAAGCAUCUAAUCCAAAUGGAAAAAUAGUACUCGUAUCUUGUCCAGAUAGAAAAAUACUGCUUUUAACUCGUGCUGAUGGAAAACAAUUUAUUCAAAAUGUGACAAGUCUACAUUACGACAUCAAUAUUAGAUUAAUUGAACAUGGAUUGAUUAAUCUUCAUGGAUUUGAUUCAGAAUGUGUUUGCAUAAAGUCCAAAAAAAGUGAUCUGCUAUUCUUAGCCAUCGCUAAUGCACCACAAUUUCAAAAUCGAUUAAUCGUAGACAUACUGCAAGCUCAAGGUAAAACACUAGAUGAAGAAAGAUAUAACAUAAUUAAAAAAUCCCCAAGAAAAUACGAUGAUAUAUCAGCAUUAAAAGCGUUACUACCCACAAGUGAUGCUGCACAUCAGCAUUUCAAAAGAGCUGCCGUGGCCGUGCAUAUGUAG